AAGCAACCCCUUUUAAUCUCUAGUCUAUAAUCUAUGGCUGGAGGCAUUGGAAGUGCUAGGUAUGAAGAGGAGUUCACAACUGGUUCUAAUGGGGUAAGGCUGUUUGCCUGUCGAUGGCUACCAGAAAAACAAGAUCCCAAAGCUCUCAUCUUUCUCUGCCAUGGAUAUGGAAUGGAGUGCAGCAUCUCAAUGAGAGUGACCGGCACUCGUUUGGCAAAAGCUGGUUUUGCUGUCUAUGGAAUGGAUUACAGAGGACAUGGCAAGUCCGCCGGCUUGCAGGGCUAUAUUCCAAGCUUUGAUGAGCUUGUUAAUGAUUGCUCCAACUAUUUUACUUCCGUUUCUGAGAUGAUAUUAAACAGGAAUAAGAAGAGAUUUCUACUUGGCGAAUCCAUGGGAGGAGCUGUUGCUCUUAUGUUGCAUAGGAAGAAGCCAUUGUUUUGGCAUGGAGCUGUUUUGGUUGCUCCUAUGUGCAAGAUUGCAGAAGAGAUAAAACCACAUCCGCUGGUCGUCAAAGCCUUAACAAAACUAAGCAGCGUUAUUCCAAAAUGGAAAAUAGUUCCCACGAAAGACAUCACGGAGAGUGCUUUCAAGAAUCCAGAUUGGAGAGAAGAGAUUAGAAGUAACCCUUACUGCUACAAGGGGAAGCCUCGCCUGAAAACUGCCAAAGAGCUUCUCAUGAUCAGCAUAGAUAUUGAGAAGAACCUUCAUCAAGUAUCGUUGCCAUUCCUCGUCAUUCAUGGCGGCGCUGAUAUUGUCACCGAUCCGUCGGUCAGCCAAGCUUUGUACGACACCGCCGCAAGCGAGGAUAAAACCUUCAAAUUGUACCCGGGAAUGUGGCAUGCACUCACAUCUGCAGAGUCUCAGCAAAAUCUUCAUCUUGUGUUCUCUGACAUUGUCUUGUGGCUUGAUGAGAGAUCAAUGAAGAUAAGCUCGUCGUCGGAGAUGGAGACGACGGCUUGCCAUAAUGAAAAAAAGAUGAGACCUUCUAAAUCUGCGAAAACCAGCACAACAACACAAAUGGCUCCUAGUGGCAUGGUGCGAUCCACAACGUCGAUCACACGUACUACUUACCAUACAUAAUAUUUUUUCCGAGUGAAAAGUAUCUAAAAUUUUGGAUGGUGGUUUAGUAUUUAGUUUAAUUAAUAUAGUUAACUGGCUAGAAAUUAGUGUUAGUGAAUGAAUUGUUGGUAUCUUGGGAUUGAUUAUCUCUUCUCUAUUCCUCAUCACUUAUCAUUAAAGGUCUAGGAAGACAUUGAUGCAAGAAACAAUAAUCAUGUUUUGUAGAGAGGAUGUUAUAAUAUUUCCAUCAAAAUGCAAAAUGAUGAUCAUCUCAAGCAAUUAGAUGAGUUUCAUAUAUUACUUGAUGAUGCAUUGUGUUGUCCUAUUCUUGACAAAUGGCAGUGAUGAAAGUCCUGUUGACAUUUCUU